CGAACCCCUCCCCGCCGUUCGAGCAACACUGGGAGCUAGUCUUAUUUUUUUUUUCCUGGCCGGAUCUCCUCAGGGACUAAUCCAACGCUCCUAUUUGAUUGAUUCGUAAAUCGUAAACCUUUCCCGAGGCCGAAGGCUGCGGAAAGAAAUGGGUUUCUCUCCGUUAUGAAGUGGUGGGCUUGCGGGAGUCCCCUGCGCCCUAAAACCCUAAACCCCAAACUUUAGAGCCUCCAGAUCUGCACCUUCCUUCCAUUAAGGCGUCUCGGAAUUCCUCAGUUUCUCUUCUGGAUUGGGGCAAUGGAAACGAUGGUGAGGAAGUUUCAGCAGAAGUACAAGAGGGCGAAAGACGAAAUGGGGCGGUGGGACGAGUUCCAAUCCCGUUUGCUCUCCCAAUUUGGCAACGCCUCCUCCAUCAUCGAGAGGCUGGAGGUGCUUAGAGAGGCUAAAAAUUAUGGCGCGAUAAGGUGUGUCCCUGGCAUUAGACAGGCAGUCUUGGGGAAACAGAUGGAAGCCUUGGAAAUGAUCUUUUGCUCCAUGAGAGUGACAAUGAAAGAGUUUCAUAGUGUUAUCAUGUCUCUUGAUAAGAUUGCACGUGAUGGUAGCCAACUGUUGAAAGGAGGAUCAGGACCAACUACUCGACAAAUGCGACUGCGAGUUGGAAUAUGGCCAAGUCUUGCAGAUUGCCUGGAUGGGCUUAAGUCAAUUCACGAGAUGUACCAAUCUGAGUACCUUCUUAAAUCAUCUGUUGUUUCCUCAUUGACAUGCAAGUGCAGUGAUGCAAAAACAGAAUUUGAAGAUACAACUUGACUCUAUGCUAUCUGAAAUUAUUGAUGUGAAAUACUAAAGCUCCCGUGAGAUAAGUGACCAGGUGUGGGGCACUAAUUUUGCGUCUUCAUGUGCUUAUCUGCAUAUGGUCGAAAACUUAAAAUAGAUCAAACUUAUAUCAUGCAAUCUUGCGUUUGUUAAAUUUAAUGUUCGCUGUUUUGUAAAGCAGUAGGCUUGACAACCAAGAUGCCUGCUUCUAGACUUAUGAACGUGAAUUUUAUUGUUAUGCAGUGCUAGUGAUAUUGUUGCACUCCGUCAACUCUUGGUGGAUCAACCUAACAUCCCGAAUGAUGAAGUGCAAUCAAUUUUUGAUAUAAUAUUUGCAGAAGAGAUCUGCUAAAUCUUUCGAAUGCUAUUCUGUUGCGUGUUUCUCUGGACAACUUUAAGAGUUGCAUAGGAGACUGCUACCUGCUUUCUGUUACCUGCUAAUAGCUUUCCUCUGCUGCUGAUUUGCAGGUGGGAAAUAUCAAGAAAUGACAUCUGCUGGAAUCAAAUCAAAGUCCGAUGUUAUAUAUGACAGAGUUUUUAACACAUCCAGAUUUUAUUUAAUUACUUUAUCAAUAUUGUGAGCUUAACUGUGGAAGCCAGAAAGAUCUAUUCUUGUUUUCUGAUUUUGUUACUGUCGGUCUGCUGAGGAUCCAUUUAUGUGCCUAUAUCAUAAUGUUACUCCAAUAAGGAGUUUGAUAUACAGUUAUUCCAUGGAAGACUACCGUCAUCAAAGUGUGCAACCCAAGUGCAUGGUAACAAUGUUACCUUCUUUGUUUAUUUUUGUUUGUUGAAAGGCCAUUGCAAUAUGUUUGGUCCUACAUUACAGACGCUAACUGUAACCAAAACAAGCAAGGAUUAAUCAAUGAUCCGGCAUGGAUUUUUUUCCCA